AUGUCCUCUCCCAAAUCCUCCCAAAACUUCGACCCUUCCUAUCACGCAGAUUCAGUUCGCAGAGUCACCAGUCUAGUCAAACAAAUGUCGCCGCCUUCAGCAACAAGCUUCACGGCCGAGGUCGUUCCUCAGGCCCCCGAGGAUCCGCUUUUCGGUCUGAUGAGAGCCUACAAAGCUGAUCAAGAUCCAAAGAAGGUUGACUUGGGAAUUGGUGCCUACCGCGACGACAAUGCAAAGCCCUGGGUACUGCCCGUAGUCAAGAAGGCCGAUGAGAUUCUUCGCAAUGAUCCCGAACUCAACCAUGAAUACGCCCCCAUCGCCGGUAUCCCCUCCUUCACAGGCAAGGCCGCUGAGUUGAUCCUCGGUGGCACUGACUCGCCCGCCAUCAAGGAGAAGCGAGUCACAUCUGUUCAGACCAUCUCGGGCACUGGUGCUGUGCACCUUGGCGCCCUGUUCCUUGCCAAGUUCUAUCCUGGAACAAAGAAGGUCUACCUGUCAAACCCAACUUGGGCCAACCACAACCAAAUCUUCAGCAAUGUUGGCGUGCCUAUUGCCACGUACCCAUACUUUUCCAAGGAGACCAAGGGUCUUGACUUCAAGGGCAUGAAGGAAGCCAUCUACGGUGCCCCAGACCGAUCCAUCAUUCUGCUGCACGCCUGCGCCCACAAUCCUACUGGUGUAGAUCCUACCAUGGACCAGUGGAAGGAGCUUGCAGAGGUCAUCCGGGCCAAGGGCCACAUCCCCUUCUUUGACACAGCAUACCAGGGCUUUGCCACUGGAAGUCUGUCGCAAGAUAACGCUGCUGUACGCUACUUUGUGGAGCAGGGCUUUGAGUUGCUAGUCGCACAGUCAUUCGCCAAGAACUUUGGCCUCUACGGUGAGAGAGCUGGAUGUUUCCAUGUCGUAACCGGUCCGGGACCGGAGGCUCAGACGACCAUUGGCCGAAUUGCCUCACAACUUGCCAUUCUUCAGAGAUCGGAAAUCUCUAACCCUCCCUUGUACGGUGCUCGAAUUGCCAGCACCGUUCUGAAUGACCCAAAGCUGUAUGCCGAGUGGGAAGACAACCUGCGCACAAUGUCUGGCCGUAUCAUCACAAUGCGCAAGGAGCUGCGAUCCAAGCUAGAGGCGCUUGGUACCCCAGGCACAUGGAACCACAUUACCGACCAAAUCGGCAUGUUCAGCUUUACUGGUCUUACUGAGGCUCAAGUGCUCAAGAUUCGUGAAGAGUCGCACAUUUACAUGACCAAGAAUGGUCGUAUCAGCAUGGCUGGUCUCAACACGGGCAAUGUGGACUAUGUCGCAAAGGCCAUUGACAAGGUCGUGCGAGAAGUCCAGUAG